GAUCUGCUUGCUUCUGCCUCUCUAGUACUGGGAUUAAAGGCAUGUACCACCAUGCUCAGCUAAAAUAAGUACAAAAUUUUAACGACAUUUUUAUGAAUGGUUAGUUGAGUUUUUCUGAUUAUCAAUAAGAAUAUUUAUUGUCUAUUUUUAACAGCUACGUGUUUUGAAUCAUAAAGAGAAUCAGUUAAGUAAGUCAUGUUCAGUUAUCCUUCAGCAUUUGAUGUGAAAGGCUCUUCUAUAGCCUGGGGUAGGAAAAGUUUUAGAACAGGCUAACCCUCUUUUUAGCAAAGGACAGGGGAACAGCCAUGCACCUUCUCUGGUUUGGCAUCCAUCUGCUUAGCUGCUGUGUGUGUGAACUGCUUUCUCUGCCCAUCCUGCCCCUAGCAGUGGUACAUGCAGUGCUCUACUCAGAAGUCACUGUUCUCACUGUGAUUCAUUUUCCUCCUAAAAGUAGAAACUUAUUAUUGUGUAUUGAUGUCGUAGAAUAUAUCUUUGUAGUAAUAGGCUUUCGCUUUUGCCUAUCAGUUGGGUCUGGCUCUACGAGUUCUAGCAGACUGACUGGAAGCUAUAUCCCUUCCUUUUUGAAAAAAGAAAUUGGUUCUGCUAUGCAGAGGGUGCACCUGGCACCUAUUCCAGACCCUUCCCCUGGUUACUCUUCCCUGAAGGCUGUGAGACCUCAUCCUGGGCGGCCUUUUCUCCACACCCAGCCUAGAAGCACUCCUGGGCUGAUUCCACGGCCUCCAGCUGCCCAGCCCGUGCAAGGCAGGAUGGACUGGGCCUCCAAGUACCCAUCCCAUCGAUGACUCUUGAGCUUCAAGGCCAUUCUCUCUCAGAUGACUCUGUCCCGCCUACAGAGCCAUUGGUCCUAUGAAAGCACGAACGCCGAGAGCUGUUCUUCUAAACAGACACAUUUCAAUGUUCUUUCUCUCUAAAUUU